AUGCGCUCCAUCAGCCUGCUGUGCUUGGCCCUUCUGGGCUGUGCUGCUGCCCAGUCAAGCACCGUCACUCUUCUCCUGAUGGGCCUAGACCCCACGGACAUGGAGGCGUCGGUGGUUGGCAGUGAUUCCACGGCGACAACUUACAAUAUCCAAUGCCGUUCUGGAUCCCAGAACCCCUUGUGCGACGAAUGGCCGACGGAUGGACUGACCCUGGUCGAAGGUCCGUCCACGGUGGCGUUCACCAUGACGGGACUUCCGGAUGGCGAGUCCGCUGACUUGCACUGCCAUCUUUACGGAACCACGUCGGCCUCCUGCGUGCAGUCCGUCGGCGGUCCUGUCAGCUGGAGCGGAAUGUACACCGCGCACUUUGGGAGCCAUGUUCUGGCCUCUCUUUUUGUACCAGUCGCUGCGGAGGCGAGCGCUACCUCGGCCGCCAGUACGGGUGCUACGCCGACGGCGCCGACAACGACGCCUACCACCUUCGCCAGUUCAGCGUCGCUAUCUGCUGCGUCCAGCGCGUCGACGAGCUCUCGGGCAUCUUCUGUCCCUGCUGCGACGGGAACUGUGACAUCUACCAGUUCCAGCAAGGCGGGCGCUCCCCAGGUGACCGGCCAUGCGUGGGCUGUGGGCGGUGCCGCCAUGGCUCUGGCUCUGGCGGCCAUGUAA